AUUCUUCCGAAUAUUUUCAAUUUCGUAGUUUUGAAAGAAGUGCAGAGACAGGAUACAUUCUCGGAGUUUAUUAGCGGACUACCACCACUCGGCAAACUGGACGCAGAGCUCAGUAGCGGCGGUGGCCGCAGGGCUACAAGCCCUUCAGCAAUUCUUGGCAGUAUAAAUCCGGAUCAUCCAGGACUGCGGGGAACGCCAUUGGCAAUGUUGGCGGCGCAAUGUAACAAAUUGAGCAGCAAAAGUCCACCGCCACUGGCAGAUGCGGCAGUUGGUAAAGGUUUUCAUCCAUGGAAGAAGAGUCCUCAGAGCAGCGGCAGCUCACCACAACACUCGUCUGGCGGCGGUGGCGGUGGAGGCGGAGGCGGAGGAGGAGGUGGAGGUGGUGGAGGGGGGUGUACGACGACGGGAGUAAGUCAAAGACCGACGGCGACAAGCAGCGCCGGUAGUACGAGCGGUGGUUACGCCCGAGCACCGGUCACUUCUUGCGCUUCAACGGCACCGCAAUACGGUAGCGAGCUAUAUUUUCCUGGUACUGCGAGCGCACAACCUGCCGGGGAUCCUCAUCACCAUCAGAGCAGCCUACUUGGAAAGGUCGAAGGCGCGACACUCGGCUCGGUAUACGGUAGACACCCUUACGAGUCGUGGCCGUUCAACGCCAUGCCAGGCGCUACGCACGGCGGCAUAAAAGCCAGCGACGGUUGGUGGGACGUUCACGGUGCCACAGCCGCCGGUGGUUGGUUAGACGUUAGCGGCACGGUCGGUGUCGGAGUUCAUGCCGCGCAAAUGGCCAAUUACUCGGCAGACUACUCUACGAGCUUAGCAUUGGCCGGCAAUCAUUUGCUUACUACGGCCACUACCGCCGGUCACAAUCUACUCCAAGACACGUACAAAUCUAUGCUACCCGGGGGUCCUCCCGGAUUCGGGCUCCAUCAUCACGCAGCAGCAGCGGCCAGUGCCGGUGCCGGUGGCGGCGCCGGAAGUCCGCAAGGAAGCGGAGCCGGCGUCGGCGUAGGCGUCGGCGGUGGUGCCGUUAGCCAAGCACCCUCGCCGCGCUCGCAAAGACGUUACACCGGUCGUGCGACCUGCGACUGUCCUAAUUGCCAAGAAGCCGAGAGACUCGGUCCCGCCGGCGUACACCUCAGGAAGAAGAACAUCCAUAGCUGUCACAUACCUGGUUGCGGCAAGGUCUACGGAAAGACGUCCCAUCUGAAGGCCCACUUACGGUGGCACACUGGUGAGCGACCGUUUGUUUGCAACUGGCUUUUCUGUGGCAAGCGGUUCACACGUUCGGAUGAGUUGCAGCGGCACCUUCGAACCCACACCGGCGAAAAGAGAUUCGCCUGCCCGGUCUGCAACAAGCGGUUCAUGCGCAGCGACCAUCUCGCGAAGCACGUCAAGACCCACAGCAGCAGCAGCAGCGGCAGCAAGGGCAAGGGGGGAGCGGGGAGCUCGUCAGCCGAGUCCUGCUCCGACAGCGAGGACAACGGGAGUCAGCAGAGUCCCACUUCCAGCUCGGUGCCGCCGCAGCAGCCGCCACCGCCGCCGCAGCAGCAGCAGCAGCAGCAGCAGCAGCAGCAGGCUCAGGCGCAACAGCAGGCUCAGCAGCAGCAUGACCCCAAUACAGAUGACCCCUCCGUCUCUGACCGCACACCAUCCCCACCACCCGCAUCUCCCGCCUCUAAUGCACCAUCCUCAUCAUCACGCAACAUCCGUACCAGCGGCCCAUCAUCCGCACGCGGGGAUGAGCAUGCACUGAGCCCGGUGGGGCCCGGAGCCGGUGCCUGCAGUACAUCUGCCGCAACGACCCUGGGCUCCUCCUCCUCCCUAUCCUACCCCCUCAACUUAAACCUUAUCCAAAAUCACGUCAAUACUCAUUCCCAUCAUCAUCAACACCAUCACCAACAACAACAACAACAGCAUCAUCACUCCAAUCCAUCCUCCCAUCAUCAUCAUCAACAACAUCACCAACAUCACAAUCAACAGCAACAACAACAACAGCAGCAACAACAGCAACACUCUCGACAAAACAAUUCCUAUUCCAUGCAACAAAAUCCUGGUACACCUGGCUCGGUACAGACUCCUUCACCCUCCUCCCCCGCGCCUGUACAUAGUCUUUAAGCCGAAUAACGAUUCCUCUAAAGCCUUUCGUUUCCUCGGAGAGCAGGAACGGAGGGAGCAGCCUGCCUCUCCUUCGACCGCUGUGCACGCGGAUUUUGCUGACUUUGUUAACUUGUAAAUACUAUAAAUAAUAGUGAGCGUGUGUGAGUAAGAAAGGACAGAGAGAAUGGUAACGCGUACGAAAGAGCAAACGAGAGAAAGUGAGAAAUAUAUAUAUAUAUAUAAAUAUAAAUAUAAAUAUAAAUAUAAAUAUAAAAUGAUAUAUAUUAAUUAAGCGGUGUAAUGUAAAAUACAUAUACAUAUAUGUACGUAGGUAUGCACUGUCGCGCUGUACGAUACACAGACACGAGUCGUCGUCAUCGUCGUUUCUCCUUCACCCCAAUCAUCAUCCUAUUUACUUACGCUUUGCGAAGUGAGAGCGAGAGAGAGAGAGAGAGCGAGCGAGCGAAAGAGAGAAAGAGAGAGAGAGUGAAAGAAACGCAAAUGCGUGUUCUGGGCGACGUUCGGUCAAAAGCACGAUGCACUCCGUACAAGUUCCAAUCGCGGUUGCCGAGAGAUGAUUGGUACCAACGAUGAUUAACGAAUUUUAUUGUUAAAUCUAUCAUUUUGUUGUAGAAGCGAACUCCCGAAGGUCUUGCGUUUGGAACUUGAACUCGGACGAUGUCCCAUAUCAGCUCACCACCCUUUCAACGUAAUAACAUACUAUUAUUAUUAAUGAA